GUGAUGAAUUCAAUGAACCCACAUCAGCAUCCAUCGCCACUGCUGCUGCACAUAUGCACUUCUCACGACCACACCAUACACUCCACUAAAAUAACAAUCUUUUUCUACUUACUAUUUAACAAUACGCAAUAUACAGUAAAGUAAAGUAAUAUUUCCUGUGUGUCGAUUUCGAGGACUCGGUGAUCCAUAAACCCUUAACAUUUUACAAUUAACAGCUCUCGUCAUUUCCUCCCCUUGAAUCACAGUAAUCCUAAUUCCUAUAAUCCAGCUGGUGUGUGGUGGGUUUGACUUUCAACAGUGUCAACCGUGAGGGGAGUUACGUUCUUGACAAAAGACCUGCAAACCGAGAUUUCCUGGUAUGACGCCUCCUGCCUGCUGAAUAGGUCAAGUCUGAAGUGGGAUGAAAUUUAUUCAAUGAAUUAUUCUAUGCUCAUGUCAAUUGCACAAAAACUAGAGCAGUAAAUGACGAUAAGCUGUGAUUAAUAAGUAAUCAGUCAAGUGUGAUUGGCUGGAUAUAUAAAUAUAUCAGCUGAAUGAUACGUAGAAACCGGUAAAGAUAAGACAACCACUUCAACCACUGAUAAGUGAAAUUUUAGGAUCUUCUCGUACAUUUCGAAACUCGUGUUUCUAUAACUUUGUCACAUACUGGAAAGAAUAUUAAGCGAGAAAACAACGUGGAUUUUACAAUUGUUGAUAGGGCAGCUAAUUGUCUAGACUUUUACUUUUUUGACUUAUUUACCCAUGUGGUAAACAAAUAUUGGAAAUAUGCAACCCACAACAGACGAGUUUUUAUUUAUGCAAAGUUAUCACCAUCACAACACAAAUACUGAUAAUCGUCUCAAACAAGAACGUCGGACCCCUUCGCCCUCUUCCUCGUCCUCCUCCUCGACACAUAUGGACGGUGACCACGAGAAUGAAGCCAAUUUGAACCCCUUCUACUCCAGUCUUCUCUCGGCCCCUGAAGAUUUUCAUGCCGAAGUAAGUCCACAAGUCGGUAGUACACAGUGAUUUGAAGGUGGUUGUUGGUGUUAAUUGUAAAAAAAGUAAAAAUGAACGAUGAUUAUUACAUUACUUGUACAGAUACAAUUUUGGAGAUGGAUUUAUUUCCCGAUGCUGAGUCUUUGGACACGUUUUCCGAGUUACAGCAAGAAGAGCAGCGUUUACGAGAAGAACUGAUAUUCAGUUCAGCAGACAUAAACAUUAACCGAUUCUUGCAAGAAGGGGAGAAUCAAUCAUCAUCUGGGAUAGAUUCUGUGUCCCCAUUCCACAUUGAGUUCAACAAUGAGAGCUUGUCCCACAGCCCCUCUUCAAUGUUCAUGAUACAAAAUGAAAAUUCCACAAGUUCUGCUUCUUCCUCUGUGGAUAUUGAUCUCGAUAUUGGAAACAACCAGAUCCCGAAUAAUGCUACCACCUUUGUGGAUACGUUUACUCUUUCUCCGUGCAUGGAUUCGCCUCCCUUAACGCCUCCAGAAGUCAAAGUGGACAUUACAGCUCAUGGUCAGACCAACCUGGUUUUUACGAGCUCAGUAAACACCUUGGGGACAAGUAUUCGAGCAGUGAAUGAUAUGAACCUUCCGAAGCUAAUACCAGCUUUGAAAUCCAAUAAGAGAGGAAGAUCAGCAUCUCAUGAUGAUUCUCCAGAUGUGCAAGCUCUGAAACGGCAUAUUCGAAUGAUUCGUAAUCGAGAGUCGGCAUCUCUAUCUCGGAAGAAAAAGAAAGAGUAUGUUACUGGGCUUGAAGAUCGGAUAAAAGGAUUGGAAAAGGAGAACGAAGGUCUCAAAAGAGAAAAUAUAUUUCUGCGUUCCAAAUUGCAACAAAAUGGAAUCAAGUUGGGAGCUGAAAAGAAAAAGAGUCAUGUUGUUGGAGGAGUUGUUGCUAAAGUGGCUUUGCUAGGCCUGUUUGGAUUUGUCAUGAUCAAUUUUAAUUCAAAUCCACGGCCUACACAUCCUAUGGAACAUUCCAAUGUCUCAGAUUUUUCAAGAACAUUGACCAAAUUGAGAUUAGCUGAAGCGUCGGAAGGGGAGGAUCAUACAGUAACACCAUUGCUGGCGCAUCAACAGAGGUUUAUUCCAAGGGCUGGAGACAUCGACUUGAACUACACGAAAUCCUCAAAAUCAAAAUCAUUUACCUUGGAGAAUAUUAACUCGGCAUCGGAUGGAACUUACGGCAGCUUGAGCAACAUUAGUCAUAUAGCAAUUGGCACUGCCAACUCCUCUAUGCAUGAAAAUUCUUCAAGUAUAAUUGGCAAACCCAUGUCCUACUUAAAUGGUACAGCUUAUAACAACCAAACCCAUCAAGUUCGUCAAACACCAACUUCAACACGAGAUGGAAAUACGUCUUCGGUCGUCGUCAACAACAAUGUUAAGAGAGAACGAGAAAGGUCCAACUCUAGCAGGUGGAGAUCAAGGGGUAUUUCAAAUAAAAAGAAAAUGACUGGAUGGCCAAGUUCCUCGCUCAAAUCUGCAAAUUGGGUGUUUCCCCCCUUCAUGGGGUCUACCGGUGUGAGUAACUCUUCAAAUCCUCAACACACUACAAACCGGUGUCCAAACCCUUUCAACAAGACUGAAUCUAUGAGAGUUAAAAAUGAUCUUGAGGAUAUUUUCGGCAAAGGAAAAUUCUCACAGAAAAAGUACAAAACCUCUCAAGCUAAAAUCAGUCCCGUAUUAAAAUUGGAACCCAUCGUAUAUUCUCUAAUUAGUCAUAAUAUGGAUGCUUCAAAGAAUAUCAUUCCACGAGCUGAAAAUUCUGAUCUUAACAAGGGAUUGGCAGUUUAUGAUGGUGAAAAGAAACGAUUUUCUACAAUUUUAGAAAAGUUGGAACGUCGCGAAGACACAUUUUACGUGGUCUCACUUGCUUCAGACAACCAACUGCUACUCUCUGCCAAAGCCAGCAAUGAAUCCUCACGUCCAAAAAUGACUCUACUGCUUCCCUGGAGAAAUGAAACAUUAAAUGAAGACAUGAUUCUCCAGAUUGAUUGUGAAGUCUUUCAAGUGUUUAACUUGAAUGAUGAGAAGAGGAAACCAAAAAGACAACGGUCGUCAGCUUAAUCGGGAGUGUAAUUUUGGUACUAUUCUAUUUCAUCCAUCUCAUUUUCAAUUUUAGUCUUCUUUCUUCGAAACACCAUCACCUACACUAUUAAAUACUCUAGAUCUUUCAUGACUACUUUACUUUUUAAUCUUGAUCGAUGUAGUUAGAGUCUAUUGUCUUCCUCUAAUUAUCUUAAUUCCUUAUCAAUUGAUAAUCUACUCUCCGUAGUUUUUACAUAGUAAACCUACUUGUUAUUCAGUAGAUAUUUGCAUAUUCCCUUUUGAUUGCUAUUCUUCUGUAACUAUUCCAAAUUUAAGUUAGAUAUUGGACUAGCUCUGAUCUCAGUCAUUAAUUUAUGGACCAAAAAGUAACUAUGACUAAAUAAUUUGCAAUUUAUGUACCAGGAUUGUGCUUACUGUAUGCACAAUACACAAUUUCGCGUAUAAUAUCCGUGGACUAUCUUUAUUUAACAUGUGUAGUUUUACAUCAAUCCAUAUAUGUGCAAUUACUCAAUGUAAGUAUUUGUAGUUUCGUAUUUUUUGAAAUAAGUUGGCAUAAUGAAACCAUCGCUGGUAUGAAAUUAAGAAGUGUUUAUGAUAUGGUGCAUAUUUAUCCAAAUAAUGUCGGGUUUUUAUGUCGCAUAUAUAUUUAAUACUUGCAUUUAUCAAGUUUACAUAUAUCGUUGAUUUCAAAAGAUUGUAAGUCAUUCCGAAAUAGUUUACUUAAUGUUUUAGAUUCGUGGUAUUUAUCAUUAUUAUGACAUAUUUACAUAUACGCAAGUACAUAUUGGGUGGGUAAAACAUAUAAAAAUAUUUUGUGCUAAUCAGUUAUGACGAAUCUAAUCCUAAGUACUAAAUAUGUGUUAAUAAAGUUUGUUAGAAAAAAAUUACUUAUGAAACUACGAGAUAUAAAUAUACAGAAAAAACUUGAACCCAUCCCAAAUUUAAACUGCGAAUUUGUCAAAAUGAUUUAAACCCUAAGUAAAUCUACCCUGUUAGCGAAA